AUGGACCGCUCAAAACCGGAAGCAGAUAGGGCACAACAGUGUCAACGUCUCUGUGCGACCUAUGGAAGCCAAAAACCGAUUUCUGGAUCGUACCAUACUACACUGCUGCGGUCCAUUGAAGGUUUCUGUGCUCCUGUGGACGUCUAUGUUGCAUGCAUUUAUCACACUAUGAAAUUUGAUGUUAUUGAUGAGUAA